UUGAGGAAACACUUCAUAACCGCUAGAAACUGAACUCAUCUCCAAGUCGCCUUCCACAAAGCCCGUGACCUCGGAUUUCCUCUAGGGGUCGUUGGCCUCUUCACUCUUCUCCUCUCCUGGUGCUGGAAGCGCAGAUCCAUCCGGACCUGGGCUUGGUUUCUUCUUCGAUUGUGGCGAGCGACAUUAAUCUGAGAUGGCGGAUUGAGUUGCUCUGCAGGGGAACCGUGGAUUGUUGAGCGGGCGCCGUAGCGGAUAUGCAAAGGAUGGGGGAUUUCAGGCUGCCUCCCUUCUUCAACUACCCGCCUUACUUCACUUUGCAGCCUGUGCGUGAAACACGGGAAAAGCAAGUGCAGUUAUGGAAAGAUCUGAUACUUGAUUACUGUAAAAGCCAAAAGAUACAUAUAAUCUCCCUGGAAGAAGAUUUUCCCUUGUUCUCCAAUCCAAAGAUCGAGAGAUCUCUUAGCUUUGAAGCAAAGGAAGUGUUACUAGCAGCUCUUGUUAAUGAAGGACGUGCGGAGUGGAUGGACAAAGGUCACAAAAAGUGCCUUGUUCUUUGGCUACGGAUACAGGAUUGGGCCAAUUUCAUAUUAAACUUUGUAAGGGAUAAUGGUUUGGAAGUAAUGACUAUUGAAGAAAUACGCUAUGGAAUUGAUACACGUGGAACUGAACUUGCGGGAAUCGAUCGUGGUGUUCUCAUGCGGGCUUUGCGGCUGUUGGAACAGAAGGGCAAAGCUGCUAUCUUUAAAGGCACUUCAGCUGAUGAUGAAGGCGUAAAAUUUUCUGUCUAAAUUUUCAGCAGUCCUCAAACCAGUAGACCAAUAAUCUUCAUCAGUGUCGUUGAACAUGACAUAUCCCUGUAUAGCACUAUGCUGAUCACACCCUUCCCGCAUACUUUGUUAAAUGCCCUAUUCAUCACUGCCUGAGCUGCUGUUGUAAACAAUGACCAUACCUACAGAACGUCUAUUGUCUGGCAAGAGAGUUGAAUUGUUCU